CUUGAAGUUCUUUUCUUUUUCUCUUUUUUUAAGAGAAUGCAAGGAGAUGCGUGGUCUACCUGCAUAUUUAUACAUCAAAAUCAGUGAACAUUAACAAUUAGUAUAUUGCUUGAGCCUAGUACGAAAUUAAAGGUGCAUGGCCGCACCCUUAGGCCUUAGCAGCCUGGCUGUAAACCAGUCUCCUCCUUUUGUGCUUAUAUUCUGAAUGAUUCAAAUCAUUAUAUUUCCUCCUCAUUUUCAGGUUUGGAUAUGAUUGGGGAAUGAUCACACUUCCAAUUCCAGCUACAGAACUGUCUACCAGUUCUGUUGCUCAAAACUACGCGUACCAAUCACCCCAUCGAGCGUGGCAUUUCGGUUCUGAACCUUGCAGCGCCACGCCGCCGGAAGAAUCAGCGACAAUGAAGAAAAAGAUCGUGAUCAGGGUGGAGAUGACGUGCGACCGGCGCCGGGCCAAGGCUGUGGCGCUGGUGGCGGCCACGCCCGGGGUGAGUUCCGUGGCGGUCGCCGGCGACGCCACGGACCAGCUCGUCGUCAUCGGCGACGGCUUCGACUCCAUCCGCCUCGCCAGCGCGCUGCGCAGGGAGGUCGGGCCCGCGGAGAUCGUCCAGGUCGCCGCCGAGGCCAAGGAGUGCGGGUGCGACAAGAAGCCACCCACAGCCGCCGCCGCUGUGCCCCUGCCCCCGUACGUGCCGAGGGCGAGGUCCUGCCAGUACCCGCCGCAGCAGCAGCCGCUGAGCUUCGUAUACGAGCCACCCGCCGCCAGGUUCUGCUUCAUAAUGUAGAGGACACACGACGUACGGAUUCCUCUGUUUUGAAACGGUGCGCCGCGCGCGGCUACGGCCUACAGGUAGGACAACUUCCUUCCACGAAUGACCGAAGGGUAGAGGUUUUUUUCUUAAAAAAUAAUAGUAAAGGUGUAGAUUUCGUUGGGCUUUGAUAUCCACCUGUUGUGUGCGUGCCGUCUGCUUUUAUGGGCUUGAUUUUUGUUACUGGGGAGGAGCUUGAUGGACCCAAGACUCUGUCUGUAUGUAGCCCAUUUAUGUUAACAUUUCCCAUCGCACUUUUAGAUAAAAAUUUCGAAUUCGAGACAGAUUCAAUUGCAUCCAUUUCACGAUAUAACCUUGAAA